AUGGCAAAAGUGAAACUUAGGGGGAGAAGAGCACAGAAAAAGCCUGAGUCGAAGGAAACUAAGCUUACUCCAGUAGUCAAUCCAUCGAAUUUGAAAGUCCCGUCAGUAGAUUCGAAAGGUGAGAAGAGUGUUCUGAUGAUGGCGAAAGAAGUAGUAUCUCAGGAAAAAGGGGAAUCGUCCAGAUGUAGAACGGCGAUGGGGAUUGGUGCGCAGGCUUCAACACUCAGUCAGAUUCUUGGCGUUCAAACGUCGAGGAAGCUUUAUUGGUCUGCUGAUAAGGAAGGGGAUUUGCAGAAGGCACCAACUGUCUGGAACAAGUUUGAUCCAAAGCAGAUGAAGAAGAGACCCACCCAGUGUAGACGUUGCAAUAACUAUGGCCAUGGAAGUGAGGAUUGUAUGAAGAAAAUGGAUGUGAAGAUUAGCAAGGCAAGUGAAUCUGAUGUUCAGAAAAAGAAAGAAGCAGAUGUUUAUGAAUGGAGAGUGGUGAAAAGAGGAAAGCAGCAGGAGAAUGCACAGACUACAGGUCAGUACGAUUCAGAGUUGGCCACACAGGAUAAUCAGAUUCCGGGGCCUCUAAGGAGGAGUGAUGGAACUCAUACAAAGAUAUAUCAGAAAGGAAGGGGUAAUCGAGCUGCUGAUUUUCAGGUGUUGUCAGCAUUGGAAGAGGAAACUAUACAGGAUAUUAUCUUGGGAGUUGCAAAUGGAGACAAAGAUGUUGGUCCAUCAGUGAUGGGACAUUAA